CGUAGCUAUUCCUGCCUUUGGGGCCUCAAGGGCUAAAGUGGGACAGUGCUAAUAUUUUUGGUGAUGAGGAAAUACUUUGUCUUAAAGGAGGCCGGGUGAGGGCCGAACUGGGACAGAGUUCACGGCAGGGGUCACAUUAGCCGUUCCGCGGGGACCGAGGGCGGGCUUUGGGUCAGGCAUAAUAAGCACCCCCGACUCGGGCAACGCGGCCGCGGCUGGGAACCGGCUGGCACACUGGCGGUGCCCCCUGUCUCCUCCCCGGAGGGGGGCACCCGGGAGCCGGCGCCGGAGGAGCGCGGCCCACGCGGGAAGGUCGAGCUCGCCCGUGAGGUCACGGUUGCCAUGGCUCUGGGCAGUGACGCGCGUCGGCACGUGACGAGCGGUUGCCAUGGCGCCGGGGCCCGGCGGCGCGGGCGCUCCGCCUCCCGGAGUGACGUCCGCCGGCCCCCCCCACCUCUUUUCCCGCCCCCCCCGCCCCCUCCUCCCCCCGCCACCCCCCCCCCCGCCGGCUCCCCGCGGCCCCGGAGGUUUCACUGCACAACAAGAUGGCGGCGGCGGCGGCGAGCGGAGCUGGCGGGGCUGCCGGGGCCGGAGCCGGGGGAGCCGGGCCGGCGGGCCGCCUGCUGCCUCCGCCCGCCGCGGGGCCCCCGGCCGCCCCCGCUGCUGUGCCCCCGGCGGCUGGCCCGCCGCGUCCCCCAGCCCCGACCUCCCGCGGGCCGGUGCCUGCCCGCAUCGGCUACUACGAGAUCGACCGCACCAUCGGCAAGGGCAACUUCGCUGUGGUCAAGCGGGCCACGCACCUCGUCACCAAGGCCAAGGUUGCUAUCAAGAUCAUAGAUAAGACCCAGCUGGAUGAAGAAAACUUGAAAAAGAUUUUCCGAGAAGUUCAAAUUAUGAAGAUGCUUUGCCACCCCCAUAUUAUCAGGCUUUACCAGGUUAUGGAGACAGAACGGAUGAUUUAUCUGGUGACAGAAUAUGCUAGUGGAGGGGAAAUAUUUGACCACCUGGUGGCCCAUGGCAGAAUGGCGGAAAAGGAGGCCCGUCGGAAGUUCAAACAGAUUGUUGCGGCUGUCUAUUUUUGUCACUGUCGGAAUAUUGUUCAUCGUGAUCUAAAAGCCGAAAAUUUGCUUCUGGAUGCCAAUCUGAAUAUCAAAAUAGCAGGACUUCCCUGGUGGCGCAGUGGUUAAGAAUCCACCUGCCAAUGCAGGAGACACGGGUUUGAUCCCUGACCCAGGAAGAUGCCACAUGUCACGGGGGAACUAAGCCCGUGUGCAGCAACUAUUGAGCCUGUGUGUUGCAACUACUGAAGCCUGCGCACCUACAGCCUGUUGCUCUGCAACAAAAGAAGCCACCACAAUGAGGAGCCCACACACCGCAAUGAAGAGUAGUCCCUCCUUGCCGCAGCUAGAGAAAGCCCGUGUGCAGAAACGGAGACCCAACACAGCCAACAAAUAAAUUAAUUAAUUGACAGAGUGUCCUUUGAGAAAUAGCUGUUUAUUCCAUAGACUUCAAAGUGCUGCACAAACGGGAAAACUGCAGAACCAAGAGAUGAGUCAGGGUGGCCCAAAAUCCCUGUUCUCCAGGGUCCUCGCCACUCAGCCGUGUGGCCGUGCUGCUCAUUUCUAAGUACCCCGAAUGAAUUUACUCGUAGUUCAGAAUUGUUAUUUACUCGUUGUUAGCCAACUAAUAAGAAAUGCCCUGUUUUAUUCAUAGGGUGACAUUCUGGAUGAUUCACAAUGAAUCUGGGCUAUGUUUGUAGAUCAUUCCUAUGACUUAACGUUUCUUUUAAGACAAAUUAAGUAACAGAAAUUCUGAGGGGAAAUCAUACUAUUUCGAGUCUGGUGAUUAUAUGUGAUAUAGUUUUCGCUCAGAUGAAAGUGCAUGGUACUUGGAUGACAUCGUGUGGGUGCUGCAGACCACCUUUUCCUUCUUGGAAAUGUUCGUCUCCUCUCCCAGCUUCCUUGUUAUACUGGUAGGAUAUUUCUCUCUCCCUCUUGCUCCAUCUUCUUUCUUUCCCUGAACCCAUAGCGCAGGAAGUACCUAUGGGUAUUUCCUAAGCCUUGAUUCCCAGACAUCCUUUUUUCUCUACUUAUUCUUUCAAAAAACGUUUAUCCGUUCAUUACUGCAACUCAGUUCAACAGAACAUCUCCACUUGAAUUUCUUCUCACCUUCUUAAACUCAAUGCAUGACCAAAGAAAAAUUAUUUUUCUACCCUAAUCAAUUACUCUCUACUUUUCCCUCCUUUUCAUCCCAUGUAUUAUCUCCCCAGUCUUUUUUCAAAAUAAUUUUUGAGUUGUCUUUCUCAUUUUCACUAUUUCUACUUUCUCACAGGCCUUCCACUUCUCCUCACGCUUAAUCUAGUCUUGCUUUCAGGUUAAUUUUACUAGAUCUACCUGUACCAGAAGUUCCAACGACUCCUCACUGCCUGUAAGAAUGGUUCUCAGACCUCUUCAGAACAGUUGUUUUUUGUGUUUGUUUACAUUCCGCUGUCUAAAUUAUUUCCAGGAGAUCCAGUAGGUCUGAAGGAAGGUUUGUGGAUCACUUUAAAUACAGUGGUGAUUCUGAUAUACAGACAGGGUUGAAAAUCAGUGGUUGGUGGGGGGAAUGAAUUGGGAGAAUAGGAUUGCCAUAUAUACAUGACUAAUAAGAAAAAUAAUAUCAAAUUGUACACUUUAAAAAAAUAAAAACAAAACAAAAAUCAUUGGUUGGACGAGGAUGGGGGAUGGGGUGGGUAGUGCUUGUGGUUAGAUGUGAGUAAUUAUCAAGAUAGCAGUUUUUUAUUUGGGUGACGGGCUCAGGGGCGCUCACUGCAUAGCUAAAGUAAGUAACUACCUCUAGAAGAAGACAUAGCGGUGACUCUUUGUGACCUUGGGUUAGGCAGUGAUUUCUUAGAUAUGACACCAAAAUCAUAAGUGACAAAAGAAAAUCUGGAUAAAUUAGACUUCAUCAAAAUUAAAAACUUUUGUGCAUCAAAGGACAUCAUCAAGAAAGUGAAAAGAGGGACUUCCCUGGUGGUCCAGUGGUUAAGAAUCUGCCUUCCAAUGCAGGGGAUGUGAGUUUGAUCCCUGGUUGGGAAACUAAGAUCCCACAUGCCUCGGGGAAACUAAGCCUAUGCACUGCAGCUACUGAGUCUGCAGGCCACAACUAGAGAGCCCAUGUGCUGCAACUAGAGAAGCCUACGCACCGAAACAAAGAGCCCAUGUGCCACAACAAAGAUCCAACACAGCCAAAAAAAAAAAAAAAAAAAUCCAAAAGAAAAAGUGAAAAGGUAAUCCCCAGGAUGGGAGAAAAUACUUGCAAAUCAGAUGAAUGGACUUGUAUCUGGAGAAUAUAAAUAAUUCUUACAACUCAAUAAUAAAAACAUAACCCAAUUUAAAAAUGGGCAGAAGAUUCGAAUAGACGUUUGUCUAAAGAAGAUAUGCAAAUGACCAAUUAGCACAUGAAAUGAUGCUCAACAUCAUUAGCCAUCAGGGAAAUGCAAAUUAAAACCAUAGUAAGAUACCACAUCCCUCCCCGCCCAGGAUAGCUGUAUUUUUAAAAAUAUAACAUGAUAGUAAUAAGUGUUGGGAAGGAUAUGGAGAAAUCAGAACUCUUGUACAUUGUUGGUGGGAACGUAAAGUUUUGCAGCCACUUCAGAUAAUAGCUUGGACAGUUCCUGAAAAGAUUAAACAUGGAGUUACCAUAUGACCCAGCAGUUCCACUCCUAGGUAUAUACCCAAGAGAAAUGAAAACAUACAUCCACAAAAAGAACUUACGUGAAUGGUUAUAGCAACAUUAUUCAUAGUACAAAAAAAAAAAAAAGAACGUAAAUAUCCAUCAACUGAUGAAUGGAUACAUAAAACAUGCUAUGUCCAUGGAAUAUUAUUCAGCAAUAAAAAGAGAAUGAACUACAGAUAGAUGCUACAAUGUGGAGGAACCUUGAAAACAUUAUGCUAAUUGAAAGAAGCCAGUCACAAGGGACCUCAUAUUGUAUAUGAAAUGUCUAGAAUAGUCAAAUUCAAAGCGACAGAAAGUUGAUUAGUGAUUGUCUAGGGUGGGAGCGUUGAGGGGGAGAAAUGGAAAGUGACUGCUAAUUGGUACAGAGAUUCUUUUUAGGUUGAUGAGAAUGUUCUAAAAUUGAUUGAGGUAAUGGUGUACAACUCUAUGAAUAUACUUAAAAACCACUGAACAGUACACCUUAAGUGGGUGAAUUUUAUACAAUAAGGCUAUAGGGAAAAAGUCUAAAUUAAAGCAGGCCACACAUGGAGCAAUGGUGCGAGUGUGUCAAGAACCAAAGAUUGUAAUUAAUUCAUAAUCAAAUUCUUUGAAAUCUAAUAAAAAUUUUUAAUUUGGGGAAAUAUUUAGAAGAAAAAGAAAGAAAAGCAGAGUUCACAUGGUGACAUCUAAGGUCCCUGUUCUGUCAUUUAAAGCUGUAUUUUGUCUGUCCUGUUGCUAUUGUGUAAUGUUAUUUCUUGCCAUAUACCCAAGGCAGUUUCUUUAUUGUUGCUUCAACUUAGCACACUAGUUCCAAGUGAUCUGCCUUUGCUCUGCUUUUGCCCAACCCCACUUAGAAAACCCUUUCCAUAUCCCUCUCUGCUUCUCCAGGUCCAAUCCACUCAACUUAGGUUCUGCUUCCUUUUUGAGUUGUUCCAUUGGAACAUAUCUUUUCUGCCUUUGGUUCUUUCAUAGCAACCAACACAUUGCUCUACUAAUUGGAAGGGUUCCAGAAAUACAUGUUAAAUACAUGAGUGAAGGAAUGAAGGAACUUAGAGACCGUGAAAGAGGCAUUAACAAUAAGAAGCUUUAGUAAAGACUGGAAGACAUUAUUGAGUUAAGAGCAGCUACUGAGCCAAAAUAAGAUAACAGGUCCAUUCCACUGAAUGGA